AUGAAAAGCAAAAAAAUAAUAUGUUCAUCUUGCUUAUUUUUAAUAUUUUUAAGUGUAAUAUUUUGUAGUGAACCAGAUACAAAUUCAUUUGAUGAAAAUGUAAAGAAGAAUGAAGUUUUUAAUGCCUUAAAUGAACAUUUAGAAAGUAUAAGUAAUAUCGUAAAAGUAAAUAUUAUGGAUGCCCUUUCAAAUAACCCUUCGUUAAUAAAAAAGACAUACGAAGCUGUUGAAAUAAAUGAUGAUGAUUAUGUUCUGGAAUAUGUUGGGGAUUCGACAGGAAAAUAUGGAGAGGGCUCUAUAUUCUAUGAUGAAAGUAAGAAAUAUAAUUAUAGAAAGUAUUUAGAUAUAGAAAAUGAAUUACGAAAUAUGAAAGGUGAAGAUGAUGAUGAUUUUGAUGAAGAUGAUGAUGAUUUUGAUGAAGAUGAUGAAGAUGAUGAAGAUGAUGAAGAUGAUGAAGAUGAUGUAGAUGAUGAAGAUGAUCUAGAUGUUGAAGAUAAUGUAGAUGAUGAAUAUGAUGAUGAGCAUAAUCAUAAUUAUAAUGAUGACAAAUUGAGUGAAAAUCCUGAGAAGUAUUCAAAUUAUAAUAAAAAUAUACACGAAGAUAAGAAAAAAGAUAAUUUGAAUGAACCACAUUUUAAACAAACUCAUUAUAUAUAUUCAUCAAAUCACGAUAAUAAUGAAACAUCUAGAUUUCCAAAAAAAAAUGUACCUAAAUAUGAUGAAAAAUUAAAUAAUGAAUUUAAAACAUAUUUAAGAAGACCUGAAAAGAAAGAAGAAACAAAAGAAUAUCCUAACAAUGGAUGUUCUGUAGUUCAAAUAUCUAUAGUAACUAAUGAAGAUUUUUUAAAAAAAGUUAGAGAAAGAAAUAAAAAGAGAAAUAAUAAAAAAAGAACAAAUAUUUAUGAUAGUGAUGAAGAAUCAGAAAGUUCAGAAGAAACAAGUAAAGAUCCCUAUUCAUCGGGUCCAUAUACAGUUGAUCAUAAAAAUGAAAAUUGUUUUCCUUACAAGCAAAAUUCAGAUAUUCAUCCAAAUAUAAAUAAUGAUAAUAAUGAUAAUAAUGAAAAUAAUGAUAAUAAUGAAAAUAAUGAUAAUAAUAUACCUGUUAAUAAUAAAAAAAAUUCUCAUACUCCUCAUGUACCAAAAGAUACCAAAAAUAAUAUAGAAAAAAAUCAUAGUAACUAUAAUUACAAACCAAUUAAUCAAGAAAAUUUAUCAAUGUAUUUUAAUAAUAAUAAUAAGAAGAAGAAUAAAAAGAAUAGUCAAAAAAAUAAUCAAAAGAAUAAUCAAAAGAAUAAUCAAAAGCAUAACCAAGAUCUUUAUAAUAUAAAAAAAAAUAAUGAUCUACCUCAAUAUGAAGAAUCUAAUAAAACUUAUAAAAAAAUUUUUUCAAAUGAACAUGAACCACGUCCGAUGAUAACAACAUCCAGAUAUGAAAAUAAAAUAUCAAAUGAUAAUAACAACAAUAACUAUAAUUUGAAUGAACAAGAAAGAAAACUUAUUAAAAAUAUGAUAGAUAUAUUUAUUUAUACAUACAAGUUAAAUUAUACAAACAGUAAAUCUAUAUCUAAAUUAUUUAAAAAUAAUUUACUUAAAAAAAACUUCCGUACUUAUUUCACAAAUUAUAUAUAUACACUUUUUAAUUAUGGAAAGACAUAUAAUUUUCUAACACCUUAUAAUAAAGAUAAUGAUCAUAUGUAUAGACAAUUAUUUGAUGAAGCUGUACAAAUGAUGGAUCUACUUAUUAAUAAAAUGGACUUAGCUUUAAAUCCCACGAAAUUAUGA